AUGGUUGAUACCGAGGCCAGCGUAGAACAAUGGCCCGAGUCUCUGACCGCCUGGAAUGGCGGGUGCUGGGAAACGCUGCCUCUCGCUUCUCUCCUAUCCUUCCAUUCUUCUCCAACGCCCAACCUCGACUCGCUUCCUCUGCGAUUCUCUCCCAGAGGCAGCUUCCCACCUAUUCUCUAUUCUCCUGGACCCUGCUGUCGGCUCUAUGACCUUGAGAGGAAGUCGGACAGCUGGGUCGCGAGGCGUGGAAUCCUCUCCCACCAGACUUCCGCUUCCAAUAUAUCCUUGUCCACCUCCGCUACAGCCAUAAAGCCCGUGACAAACGCACCGAUGCUCAGCGCCUCCGCCAGCCAGUCGCACUUUUCCUUCAACCGAAAUGGCGAGGCUGCCCGCCAGUCUUCGAGCUCGUACGACUUUCUCCCCUCUGUCAGUUUCGACGACCUCCACGCCAGUAUCGAGUCCGCAUCCUCCGAUUUUAAACUCGCCCAGUUUCCCUCCCCGACAGGCGCUGGCAGCAUCCUAGACUCCAAAGGCCAGACCUCCGCCAAAUCCGCCGAAAACAUGACGUCCACGCAGUCCGCCGCCGCCAGCAAUCGAGGCUACAUUCCCUCGACGACAACGGCAACGACGACACGCCCUGUACGCUCUAGCUCCAUCAUUCGCAGGCCAAGCACCUCCAGUCGACAGCCUAGCACUUCGUCGAUUGCCUCUUCAUGGUCAGCCUCUGGGGAGGGCCUCACAGCCCCUGCCCCAGUCCGCUCCCGUCGCCAGAGCCAGUACCCUCCCGUGUCCAGUGUCACCGCACCCGCCAAGCCGCCUCGCAAGUCGAUGGGUCCUGGUAUUCUGGUUGACUCGGACACCUAUUCUAGUACCCAGCGCCGUCGCCCGAGCAUCAUCUCUGACCGUGGUGGCUCGGAUUCGACGAGGACUUCAAUGGAUGGCUCAGAUUCCACCAGGCCUUUCAACACAUCCCGGGCAUCCAAGACCAAAUCUGUCCAGCCUCCCCCGCGCGUCGCCCAGCCGGGCGGCCUCAGUGCCUAUGGUGUCGAAUCGAACCGCCUGUCGCUGGCCGCUCGCUCUCCACGGCUCAACGCCAACAAUCGUGGUGGCCUCAGUGCCGCCUCCGCCGCCAAUAAGAGAGCUUCCAUGAUGCCUGGAACCGGCCACUCUGCUCACGCCAGUGGCUUGGGAGCGAGAACCAUUAGUCCAACUGACACUCGCCGUAUGAAGCGCAUGUCCAUGAUGCCCCCGCCGCCUCAGCCAAUGAACCACCACGGCAGUAUGCCACCCCCUCCGGUAUCCAUGGACAAUAGAGCAACCUCAAGAUCGCCUUCUCUGAACCCGGCAAAAUCAUCCCUCACGCCGUCUUCGGCCCGUACGACUCCGGAUCACAGUCGAAAAUCAUAUAUUUCGGGGCUCUCGGUUGGCUCCAACGGCAACUUCCCCUUCGCCCAACAACCACUGACUGGCUCAACGCAGUCACGCAGCCAGGCACCUGCUUCCAACUCACGCUUGCCAGCACCAAAGAAUAAUAUCAACGCUCAGAAUAGCUCCGACCAAAAUGAAGACGACGAGGACGUCCCUCCCGUACCCGCCAUUCCCAAGGUGUACGAAUCCCCCAAGGAUAACGCGCCUGCUGGUCCAUACUUUCUGGACAAGAAACGAUCGGCCCUCGGCUCCGUCGAGACUCUAAGCAUCCAUAGCAACUCAACUGGUAGUAUUUCAUUGCCUCCUCCACCCGAGCCUACAAAGCCUAGACGCCGCCCUAGCGCUAGAAAGAGCGCAAUUACCACAUCCAGCAAAGAUGAAAAGCAACCCAGCCAAUCCAGAAGGCAUUUGCAGCCACUGACUCUCCCGCCUCUCAAUCUCGCCCCAUUGAGUAUCCCGACUGCCGCAAAAGUGGCCGCUCUGCAGGAUCAGCCUGCCAAGGAGCCUCGGUCUAGUCCGCCGCCCACUCGACACGUCCCCAAGACCCCGACUACUCCCAUGACGGCCUCCAAGAGCUCCUUUUUCCAGAACCGAUACGAUGAUACGAUGGAAUUGCCUGUGCUCAGAAGUAGCAGUACCGUCCAUCACAGCCAUCGAAAGAAUACGUCUCCUCCUGAUGCUGGCUCGUCCGAUUCGUCAUCCAUCAUCAUUCAAGAACCUAGUCACAAGUAUAGCAUCUCGCCCUAUCUUUCAUCGUCACUCCCUAGGGGCGGCUUCGACUUUGGCGGCCACAAGCGAUCCAAGGCUAGCGUUGACUAUGCAGCCGUCUCCGGCGACCUCACUGGAGCCCGCACCUUUGAGAAACCGGCUACGAGAUCGAGUGAUACCGCCAAGUACACACCAAAGUCUCCGCGGCCAGCACCCACCCCUGAUGAGCCUCCCACACCUUCGUCCAUGAGCUCCCUUCGGCGCAAAUUGAGUCUUUCUUGGAAACGCAGCGCAUCCAAGAACCACGGCGAUUCACACGAUGCCGCUGACAAGUCGUCAAAUGAGGCAGUUCCCCGCUUACCCACGUCAGCAACAGUCAACAACCUGUACAGUACCAAUGCGCGCAGCCCAACAACAACGGCUCCCCCGAACACUACCAAUGAGCCACGGACACAGAAGAGUUCUACCCAAGGUCUAGCAAUGCUGCCUCACUCGAAAAGUGAAUCGUGGGGUAACCGCAAAGAGUCGGACGAGUACUCCCAUAUGAAGCCUAUCAGCCGAAUCGUUCACUCCACGCACAAAUCUUUGAAACCAAAAGGCUCAUCGACGACCUUGCGACAGACGGGGGCAUAUAGCGCAAACGAACUUGACAAGGACGAUUUGGCAGCCAACGAUGAGAUGCGCAAGAUGGGCUCCCGCCGCAAGGAGACGGACAUUGCCGCACGCACUCUGGAUGCUCUCAAGAGGAGGGCAAGCCCAAAGGAGCGUGUCGGUCCUCAAGAAGCGAUUCGCAUCGCCAUGCUCAACAUUUACGAACGGGGCGAGAUUAUUGACUAUGGUGAUGUUUACUUUUGCGGUACGCAAAGCGCGCGCAAAGUCGUGGGCGAUUUGCAGUCGGAUGCCCCCAAUUUUGGCUAUGAUGACGACCGCGGCGACUACACCAUUAUUGCCGGCGACCACUUGGCAUACCGCUACGAGAUUGUGGAUAUCCUUGGAAAAGGCAGUUUUGGACAGGUUCUUCGAUGCAUUGAUCACAAGCUCGGAAAGCUCGUCGCUAUCAAGAUUAUCCGCAACAAGAAGCGCUUUCAUCAGCAAGCUCUGGUGGAAGUCAAUAUUCUGCAAAAGCUACGCGAAUGGGACCCCCAAGAUAAACACAGCAUGGUCAGCUUCACACAGAGCUUCUACUUCCGCGGGCAUCUCUGCAUCUCUACUGAGCUGCUCGAUAUGAACCUUUACGAAUUCAUCAAGGCGCAUUCCUUCCGCGGCUUUUCUCUCAGGAUUAUUCGACGAUUCACCAAGCAGAUUCUCAGCUCUCUGAUUCUUCUCAAGCAGCGCAAGAUUAUCCACUGCGACUUGAAGCCGGAGAAUAUUCUGCUCAAACAUCCCCUGCAUUCGGAACUCAAGGUCAUUGACUUUGGCUCGAGCUGCUUUGAGAAUGAAAAGGUGUAUACAUAUAUCCAGUCUCGUUUCUACCGAUCCCCAGAGGUUAUUCUAGGCAUGACGUAUGGGCUGCCCAUUGACAUGUGGAGCGUGGGCUGCAUUCUUGCGGAGCUAUUCACGGGCGUGCCCAUUUUCCCCGGCGAGAACGAGCAGGAGCAGCUUGCCUGUAUUAUGGAAGUGUUCGGACCACCGGAGAAGCAUCUAAUUGAAAAGAGCACCCGCAAGAAGCUCUUCUUUGACUCGAUGGGCAAACCUCGCUUGACGGUGUCAUCCAAAGGCCGCAGAAGACGCCCGUCAUCCAAGACGCUACAGCAGGCACUCAAGUGCGAUGAUGAAGCCUUUAUCGACUUCUUGACUCGCUGCCUACGAUGGGACCCUGACCGGCGGUUGAAACCUGAGGAUGCUGUGCACCAUGAGUUCAUAACGGGCCAAAAGAUGCCACCCGCACCUCGUAUGCCCACUAGGGAGUCGUCCCCGGUAAAACGGAACAACACGAUUACCAUGUCGCGGCCUCUGCCGGAUCCUCCCAAGAACCUGGGAAUGCUGCGGACUGUUCCGAGCCCGGUCAAAGGCGCAGUGGCUUUGAACGCGGUGUCUAGACGAGCUUCUGGUGCGACUGGAGCGACAGCGGCAAGCAUUAGCCGACGCACUAGCGCGGGGCCGGGCAGCGUGACGUCGUCAUCGAGCGGAUUGCCGAGGAUUGCAGGCCGUUCAGCAAGUGGAAAAUCCGACCUGGCUGCGGCAGGUGCGUCGGCGGCCAUGAACCGGCGGGCCUAG